AAGGGCGGUGACAGAAUGCCAACGUCGCGUGGGGCGGCGGAGGAGGGGCGUCCGGACCUCGGAGCAGGGCCUGGAGAAGGGUGCUUCAAGGAUGACCGAAUCGUCUUCUGGACCUGGAUGUUCUCCACCUACUUCAUGGAGAAGUGGGCCCCGCGGCAGGACGACAUGCUCUUCUACGUGCGCAGGAAGCUGGCCUACGCCGGCAGCGAGGGCGGCGAGGGCAGGAAGGCGGAUGCUGAGCCCGAGGUGGAGGUGGAGGUGUACCGGCGCGACUCCAAGAAGUUGCCAGGCCUGGGGGACCCCGAUAUCGACUGGGAGGAGAGCGUGUGCCUGAAUCUCAUCCUGCAGAAGCUGGACUACAUGGUGACCUGUGCAGUGUGCACACGUUCUGAUGGAGGUGACAUUCACAUCCAUAAGAAGAAAUCCCAGCAAGUGUUUGCAUCUCCCAGCAAACACCCCAUGGACAGCAAAGGGGAAGAGUCCAAGAUGAGUUACCCUAACAUCUUCUUCAUGAUUGACAGCUUUGAGGAGGUGUUCAGCGACAUGACCGUGGGGGAAGGAGAGAUGGUGUGUGUGGAGCUGGUGGCCAGUGACAAAACCAACAUGUUCCAGGGGGUCAUCUUCCAGGGCUCCAUCCGCUACGAGGCGCUCAAGAAGGUGUAUGACAACCGAGUGAGCGUGGCGGCUCGCAUGGCCCAGAAGAUGUCAUUUGGCUUCUACAAGUACAACAACAUGGAGUUCGUGCGCAUGAAGGGGCCCCAGGGAAAGGGCCAUGCCGAGAUGGCAGUCAGCCGAGUGUCCACUGGUGACACGUCCCCCUGCGGGACCGAAGAGGACUCCAGCCCAGCUUCACCCAUGCAUGAGCGGGUGACCUCCUUCAGCACCCCCCCAACCCCGGAGCGGAACAACCGGCCUGCCUUCUUCUCCCCGUCCCUCAAGAGGAAGGUGCCCCGGAACCGCAUCGCCGAGAUGAAGAAGUCUCACUCCGCCAACGACAGCGAGGAGUUUUUCCGGGAGGACGACAGUGGAGCCGACCUGCACAAUGCAACCAAUCUGCGGUCCCGGUCCCUGUCUGGCACGGGACGGUCCCUGGUCGGGUCCUGGCUGAAACUGAACAGAGCCGAUGGGAACUUCCUUCUCUAUGCACACUUGACAUACGUCACUUUGCCGCUGCAUCGAAUCUUAACAGACAUCCUGGAAGUCCGGCAGAAGCCCAUCCUGAUGACCUAGAGUGCGUGCAGCCCGCUCGGAGCCCCGGCCCUGCUCAGCCCUGGGAGUGCUGCCAAGUGCCUACCUGUCACCGCCACCGGGGUCUUCUGUGACAAGCCAGUGCUGGAGCCACAGCCAGGCGGGGCCACUCGACUCCCGGGGCCAGGGCCGACUCUAGAACACCAGCCCAAACUGAAGUGCCUCGUCCUCCUCCCUCUGGCUCUGCUCCCGCCCUGUGCCGCCACUCGCCCGCCUCUGGAGAGCCCUCUGUAUCCAGAGGCCAGAGACACAAGAGGCCAUAGGAUAGCCAGCAUCCAGAAUGUGCCCAGACCCACUGACCUGGCUCACAGCUGACAGAGCCGGACCCAGACCCGGGCGCUCCGUGGUCAGACUGUGUGUCCUUAGGGAAGCCCAAAGAAGCCCAGCUGAGGAUUUUGCCAAGGGGUCCCGACACACCUGGGCCUCCAGCUAGUCCAGCUCAGCCUCCCCUAGUCACCGCUGUCACAAUAGGUUACUGCAGGAAGACGGGGAAGAUGGGAACUUGCUGUUGGACGCUUUGCCCUGGGCUGGAGCACCUCACUCACACCCAGUUCCAGAACAGCCUGAGCCAAGCAGAUCGCCCUGAUUCCGCCAGAAUGGCCUUUCGCUUCCAGCCAAAGAACACCACCAACACACAACCUCCGACCCGGACGCGUCCCGUUCUGGGCCUCGGCUGGAGGGUCCCCUGGAAUUUGGAUUCUUUGGGCAGGUGGGAGGGCUUUGUGGUUAGUGUCUGAUGUGGGCUGGGGUUGGCCUCCCCUCAGGAAGGUUCUAGGCAUACCCGCCGUCCUGAGGCCGGAGGGGGCUGGGCAUCAUUUCCUGUCCUUGGUGGUCUUUGGCUAGUGUGCUGGCCCCUCUUCUCAGACCAGCUCCCUGGGCAGGGUGGGGCUCAGCUGGGUGUGCACGGCAGGUGCAGCGGUCGGUGUGCGGGCUGCCAGCCUGGCCUUGCCCUAGCGCGAAGGAGCCGCAUCUGGUGACGCGCAGUGUGCUCUCGUGAGCAGAGGCCUCCCCACCCAACAGGGAAUAAACUGGAAGCUGGGUCUCUUUGUUGCUGUUUUGGUUUGAAGUCCCCCAUACUGGAGGGCACCAGUCGUUUAAGACCCUCUGCAGGCCGCAGAGGCAGACGGGAGCAUGUCUUCCUGCCUCUGCGUUCUGCGGGCUCCGGGAAUGGGGCACCACUUCGGGGCUUUCUCCAGAUUUUGUAUAUUGUUAUUAAAAGCGAGCUGUUGCAUUUCACCCUGCCUCCGUCUGCCCGCUGUGACCGGGGCCGGUUCCACCUACCUCACUCCGUCUCCAGGGUUCAGUGCACCACGGGUCAGGGCGCCGUCGGUCCUUCUGCCUGGGGUGGGCGCCGUCGGUCCUUCUGUCAUGGGGCGGCUGCUCCAGAGGCUCGCCACCUCUCCCCCUUUGUAAUGACCUGUGUCAGUGUGGACCUCCAGCAGCGUCCAGCCCAGGCUGGAGCUGCAGCUCGGCUCUGCUGGUUGCGCCUAGCCAGCGUCCUAGGGCAGCAGAGUCAGGUCAGGCCCCAGAGUGCCUGCGCAGAGCCCUGUCCAGCACGCUCUUCUCCAGGGGUGCCUGAUGCCGCUCCCAUCUGUCCAGGAUGGCCAAAAUACACCUCCUGCCUCAAGAGCUUUCUCCCUGCUCCUUCUGGGCUGUGGACUUGUGGACUGGGUCUCGGAGAAGUGAAGCCCUGAUGUGUCUUCCAUGGAAGGACAAGGCAGUCCAGGGCGGCAGCAGGUAGUGGGUCCCCACUGUAAGGUGGGGUAGCUGUGAGGAGCUGCUGAAGGCACGUGGGAGAGUGCUUGCUGCACAGGUCACGAGGUGCGGAUGCGAUUUAGGUCACACCUGUGGUGUAAGGCGCGUGAACAGGGCACGUGGUGGCGUGGAGCACCAACGCCAACACUCAGGUUGGGUGGUUGUUCCCAUCUUAGGCGAGGAGGCAGCUGGAGGGGCUCAGAGCGCUGCCAGCACUGCACCACAAGCAGUGGUGACAGUCGAGCUGGGCUUCAGCUGCAGUGUGGCCCACAGCACGCUGCCUGGGACACGCAGGCACUCUGUCCUCAACCCGGAAGCCCUUCUCCAAGGGGACUUCUGAGGCCUGGCCUCCAACACGCUCAGGGGCACUUGACAGCCAGACUUGAGCUGUCACUCCAAGUGACAAAUGCUGGCUGGAACUAGAGUCCAACAGCCCCAGGUGGCACGCUCUUGCUUCUUGAAGGCCACCUUUAGCUUUUCUGGGAAUGCCUGUCUCCUGAAGAGUGGAGGGUGACGGAAGCAAGCAUACAGGUCCCGACUGGGGACCGGGAAGCUUUCCUUUGAGGAAACUUAGGUGUCAGCUUUUAGGACAUUAAGAAAACUGAGGGUUUUUUUUAAGUGUCCAGCUCCUGCACUCUGGCGGGGCCGUGUGCCUCCAUCCCAGCCUCCGCAGCACUUGAAAGAGCAGGUGGAGCAGCUCUGCCUUCUGAGGUCUUACUGGAACUGCUAGGGGCCUGCAAAGCGGCCAGGCUCACUUUUUCAAAAGAACAUUAUUUAAAACACAACUUGGCAGGGAAGUGGUCAAAAGAGAACAAAAAGCAAGCACUCCCCAGCCCGCAGCACGGCGGGGAGGGUGGCGUCUGGCACUCCUGUCAGGAAUCAGGAAUCCGUGCAGCCGUGAGACCAGGAGGGUGUGCUCCUCCUGUGGCUUCUCUCCAAAAAUCCAGCUAGAAAGAAAUGGGAUAUUUUUCCUGUUUACUCACAAGUACAUUAGUUAGUAGGAGACUUUAGAAGGCAUUUCCAUCCUUGAUCCUAGUGACGGAAAAUACAUGUAACAGUGUUGUUCCUGGUAGAUUUAAAUCAUUGGCCAAAAUUCUUUAAAGGCCUUUUUUUUAGGUAUCUGCCAACUUGAUAUUGAACUUGGUGGGUUUUACCCAGAAAUGUUUGCAGAUUUCCAGGUUAACUGGAAUUUCACAUCCAGCCUCAAAAACCAGAUCCCUUGACCUCUCCCUGUCAGGCUGGGUCUCGUCUUUGUCCUGGGAAGCAAACUACUUCUCAAUAAAACCAUCCUAACAGGGCUGAAGGGAGUCUUUGGAGGGCUGGGCAGCAGCCCCUGCUGCUCCAGGUACUGCCCUGUGCUCUACAGAGCCCGCUGGGAGCUGGGGCACCCCCGACCUGCUUUCCCUACUUUGCUUUUCACUGACUAGAUACUAAAUGAGCCUCCGUGGAAACAGAACCCACCAGCCCUCUCUGAGCCCACUUGGCCGCCACGCAAACCAGACCACUGGACACCUGUAGCUAGGGCUGGGUGGAGCUCUGUCUGCAGCAGGUGGAGCCCGGAGUGGAGCAGCAGGGUCACGUGGAGCUUACCUUACAGCUUCUGGUCAUAUUCCCAAGGUGAUCAGGUCUUCUAUUAGGAUUCCAGGCCAUGGCCUGGGUCAGUCAAAAGCAGCAGCGAUCCUCCGGCUCUGCUGAGCAGCUGGAAGCGUUGUCUAUUAGACCCUCUUUUGACUUCAGUCCUCCACUUUGCAGGUCAGAAAGUUUGUAAAUGGGAAUUUCUUAUGGUUUCCAAACUAAUUCUAUGUUUGAGAGUGGUUAAAUCUGCAAAGAAAAUGUUGAGGUUUUUUUUGCCACUUUGAGGCAUAACUCAUGGUUUUUAACAAAAUGUAUUUUAGCAAAAACAUCAUGCUGGCACACAGUGGGCAAGCUGGCAUGCUGAUUGUCCGUGGUGUUUCCAUAAAGGCCCCAGCUAAUUGAUGAGCCAUCUUCCACCUCCAGCACAAGUCAUCUCUAGGCAGGAUUUGCAGUUCCCUCAGCUUUGCUGUAUGAUUUCAUGUUUCUUUGGAAAGUUGCUUUGCAUAUUAAAGUUAUUUUCUCCUGGUUUCCUCUAA